GUUCUCCUUUGGAAGAGCCCUAUCGUAUACACUCGUUUUUUUUCGUUAGUUUCCGUUUGGUCUCCUCCCUGUGUUUUGGUUGUGAAAGAGAGACAUUUUCCGAUCGGAUUUUUUUUUAAUUUUUUUUUUACCAUGAACAUUUGGUAAUAGCUGCACCUUUUCUGAAGCAAGAUAAGGUUCCGACCAUCCUGGUGGUGUUAGGACGAUCAGACUACAUCUAUCGGAUUCGCUCGGACACGUUCGGCCUAUCACGGACGAAAAAAUGGAGUGUGAAUCGGCAACGAAGGGACUCGGCUUGGAGGAGGCGUCCGAUUCAGCUGUUGUUGUGCCGGGGGAGGGGGAGCGGGAGGACUCGGAUACCGAAUCGGAGGCCGAAGUUACAACGGUGACGGUAAUGGGGGAACCGGAGCACAUCGACAUUGCAACCGAGUCCAUGCCGAACCCAGACGAAACUGCAUUCGCAGAAGUGACUACAGUGACUGUCGCAAAUGUACCAGGAACUGAAGACAGUGUAUUCACAACGUCUGUCGCCAAUGCUGCAUCCAUUUCAGAACAUGUCCUUACUGGAAGAACCACCCUUCAGAUCGGAGACAGCUUGAACACCCAGAAGGCGACUCUGAUUGUGGUGCACACAGAUGGCAGCAUUGUGGACACUACAGGGCUAAAGGGGCCUGCCACACCAAUUACCCCAGGUCCACAGAGGUCGUCAACUCCAUUAACUCCAGGUCCAGACAAAGAUGGAACCAAGUACAACUGGGACUCUUCUGUGUAUGACAAUGAACUGCCUAUCCGCUGCAGAAACACCAGUGGGAUGCUGUAUAAAAACAGACUUGGCUCUGGUGGGAAAGGACGCUGUAUUAAGCAUGGCAGUAACUGGUACACCCCCACCGAGUUUGAAGGCAUGUCAGGGCGAGCCAGUAGCAAGGACUGGAAAAGGAGCAUCCGAUAUGCUGGGAGACCAGUACAGUGUCUGAUCCAGGAAGGCAUCCUAAACCCCCAUGCUGCCUCCUGUACAUGCGCAGCCUGCUGUGAUGACCUGUCAUUGUGCCACAAAAAUGGGGACGGGGCAUCUGUCAGAGGGGAGAACAUACAUCUGACUGGCCCGGUAAGGCUUUUCGUGCCCUAUAAAAGACGCAAGAAGGAUAACGAACAUCCCACUAUGCCAGAGAAGAAGGGCUCUCAGUCACCCAAAAACAUCACAUUGUUACCUGCCACUGGCGGGCCAACCUUUACGGUAUCACCAUCUGGGCAAAUCACUACCUCUGGCACCUUGACCUUCAAUCGUUUGUCGACGGGUGAAACCACUACCAUCCUUUCUGAGAGUCCAGCACAGACGGGUGUUUUCACUGGAACAACUGUGCUGACAUCUCUUCCGGCUCUGGCAGUGAAUCCUUCUGUUCUGGCGAAGGUAGUGUCACCCAGCUUAGUGAAUGGGCUCGAAGUUACUGAGCAGAGAAACUGGCUGUAUCUGGAAGAGAUGGCCAACACCCUGAUCAACAUGGCCCAGCAGCUCAAGUCUCUCAUUGAACAAGCCAAGCAAUCUAGCCUGGCGUCCCGGGAGGCUGCUCUCAUGCAGGCCAAGUGUGAUUCAGAAAGGAAAGACCCCUACCACAAUCAAAUCUCAUUUCAACACACAGAAGAUGCAGAUGCGAAAACGGAAAUCAUUAUUAAGCAAAUGUGUGUUAACUGUGGUCGAGAAGCAAUGAACGAGUGUACCGGCUGCCACAAGGUCAAUUACUGCUCAACUUUUUGCCAGCGCAAGGACUGGAAGGAUCACCAGCAUAUUUGCUGCCAACAAACAACAACAGCAACAACAACAGUGGCUGUCCAGGGAGAAGAGGUUCACAUAGUCAAAGUCUAACAGGCGACUUGCUGAGCCCUUGAACAAAAGAAAUGGGGAAAACUCCUUCAGAAAAACUUGCAGGAGACAUGAUUCUUUGGGAGGUGCUCCCUGCUCCACCACUCAGCAUGCAUCAGAGGCUUUUUUUAUUAUUAUUUUCUAUUUGGAGCAUUAUAUGUAUUUGUCUAAUUUUGACAACAUUUAAAAAUAAUUUAAUCUGUUGAAAUCUUUAAAAAAGCAUAAAGUUUUUUAAGAUAAGUUUACAACUGUUGUUCAUUCAGUCUGCACUCAUCUUCAAUCAUAGUCUGACAGACGCAUAAAUAUGAAGCCAAAACUUCAUUUUCUGCUCAUGUGAGAUUUUACGGUAGAUGGACUCUUCACAUUUCCCACUCCAAUAUUACUUACUGAGUUCAGUAGCGGCAGUCCUACUGGCUUAUCUUAACAUGAACACUACCCUGUGUGCACAAGUGUGGUGCUUUACCGAGCACUUACUGUAUUAAUAAACCAGGCAAUGUGAGCACUGAACGUAACAAGCUAUUAUCUAACAGGGAUAUGCCGCUGAAUUUUUAGUUUUAUACAUUGCAUCAAUGAGAGGAGGAGAAGAGAACUAGGGGGAUAUUUUGUAGUAACUUUAAAUGGCUACAAAUUUGUAAGAAUAUCUUUCUUUUUUUUUUUUUGUCAUUUGGCCAACCAAGUUCUACACAACAUGAUCUGUGAAACAAGCAGAAUAAGCAGCGAUGCAAAUCCUGUGUGUUGUGUACUUGACCUUAUUUAACCAAAGGUUUUCUGAGUAAUAGGAUUAUUAAUAUCCUUUGGGCAUUAUUAGAAGGCUGUGGUAUUUGUAUUGGGUCUGUGGUGGUGUGAGUUGUGUUUUUUUUUUCCCCAGUAGAUUGAACUUUGGAUUGAAUUUCUUACUCUUUGAGCUCACCAGACACCUGGCCAUUUGAGUUCGCUACAGCGCAGCCAUGAGAAACAGUUUGUAAUGAUUUGAUUACCUUAACCCGCAGCAGCACCAGAUGUGGAAUCCCCAUCGAAGAUCUGUAACUUCCCACAGCCAGGACACUAAUCUUCAUUCCUGUUUAGAGGUUAAAAUGUGUUUUGGAACAUGGGAAUUAACUCUAGGUUUUAAGAAAAAGUGAAGAAAGGUUAUUAAGAUCAAUGGUUAAUUCAUAAUUUUGUCAAUGGCAGGUUUCUAUCCUCAAAGGUUUCAAAUACAUUAUCAAAUGUUCAUGUCCACCUUCUGGAAAUCACUCUUUAAAUGUAACAGAAAGCUAACCCCCUCCUCCCCCCGGCAAGAUAGGAUACGCGAAAAUUGUGUGCUUUAAAUCUGGAAAAUUGAGAAAGACUGAUCAAACACACUCCUGGAAAGCUCAAAGUAAAGUGCUGGAGCAACAUAACCCUGAACCACUCAUAAUUAUUGCAAUUGUUGUAAAAAGGUAAACAGUAAUAACAUUUGAAUAUUGCAACACUCAUGAUGGGGGUCCUAAUAAAGUACACAAAAGGGGGAUUG